UGUUCUGCCCACAAUGCUGGGGAAUGAGCUCUCCCCUCAUUGUAUAUAAAAGUCUACAGGAGUGUUGGUGGUGUAUAAUUCUCUGUCUAGCCUGCCUUGCACAAACAUUUGACUUGCUGCUCCUGGAGUCUAGAGUCCAGACCAACACCCAGACAUGCAUGCCUCCUCCUUCCAGGCUCUGAUGGCAGCCAGCCUUCUCAUUCAGGUCUUUGGCGCACCCAUGCAAGGUAACACCACGGUUUGCUUGUUGCCCCUUGACGAGGGCCCCUGUAAAGCUCUUAUCCCACAUUAUUACUAUGAUCGAUAUACGCAGACUUGCCAAGAAUUUUUUUAUGGGGGUUGUGAUGGAAACGCAAAUAAUUUUGUGUCUAUGGAGGACUGUGAAAAAUUUUGCUGGAAGAUCAAAAAGGUUCCCAAGGCCUGCAGGAUGGUUCCUGAUGAAGGACCUUGCCGCGGCUACAUAAAGAGAUACGCUUACAACAUGAAGACAAUGAGGUGUGAGCAGUUUAUAUACGGCGGCUGCUACGGCAAUGACAACAACUUCCAAGAUAAAGACUCUUGUAUAAACUUCUGUGCCCCAAGGCGAGAUGCUCCCAGUUUCUGUUAUAGCCCAAAGGAUGAGGGAUCAUGUUCUGCUUCUGUUACUCGCUAUUAUUUUAACAUUGAGAGCAAAGCCUGUGAAGAGUUUGUAUAUACUGGGUGUGGUGGAAACUCAAACAACUUUAUCAAAGUGGAGGAUUGCGACAGUGUGUGCAAGAAAGGUACUAAAAGGCCAAGAAAUCAGAAUCCCAAAAUACCUCGCAUUCGCAGGCCAAGGAUACAGUCAUGAGGAUGGAAAAGAGCCUUUUGUAUAAAUUGCAUUAGCACCAUGUUGGCUUUUUGCAACUGAAAUCCAUACUGCAGAGCAUACGUAGCAACUUUCUGGGACCAAAAAGAUUGAGAUGGAAGCGAUUCACUGACGCUUUGCGUUUAAAGGGAAUUUUUCAAGCAUAUUUGUGCACUUAUAGUAUUUUUCAUUUCUGACAGAGACCAGUGCAAUUUCCUAAUUGUGCAGCUAUUUAAUGUAGGGAACUGUGAAACAAUAUUGAGACAAAUGUGACGUAUACAGUAUAGUGGGGAACAAUGAAUCCAUAAAACACAUAUAGGUAUGGGGUCUAUUAUCUAGAAACCAAUUAUCCAGGAUGCUUUUAAAACUAGCAAUGUGGUGGUUGGGGGAUUCCAGCCUAAAUUUCAAUUAGAGUUGGAUUUCAUAAUGCAGUAUAUAUAUAUUAUCUUGCCUAGCUACUCCUGGAAACCCAGUUUGGUUGGGCUUUAAGAUGGACUAAUAUACUGUGCUAGAUAAUUCUGGAAUUAUUGCUCAGUAGCUGAAGCAACACUGUUAUCAAAUUUUGGACCUCAAAAGAAUGGAGGGGGGGUUUAAACCCAAAAAAUCUGAAAAAGCUGCCUUAUAGACUUUAGAGUAUUGUUUAUUAAACCACUAGUGUUUCCUGAUUGGCUGUUCCUCUCAUAUGUUAAGGAGGGGCAAAGUAAAAAAACUGGCAGGUCAUGGAUGGGACUGCUUUAAAUGGGUUGUUCACCUUUAAAUUAACUUUAAGUAUGAUGUAGUGAGUUAUAUUCAGAGACUAUUUGCAAUUGGUUUCAUUUUUUUUAUAAUUUGUGGUUUUCUAGUUAAUUUGCUUUUAUUCAACAGCUCUCCAGCCAUUUUAGCAAUCUGGUGGUUGCUAGGGUCCAAAUUAGCAUUAGCAACCAUGCACUGAUUUGAAUAAGAGACUGGAAUAUGAAUAGGAGAAGCCUGAAUAGAAAGAUGAGUAAUAAAAAGUAGCAAUAACAAUACAUGUGUAACCUUACAGAGCAUUUGUUUUUUUAGAUGGGGGUCUGUGACCCCCAUUUGAAAGCUGGAAAGGGUCAGAAGAAGAAGGCAAAUAAUUAAAAAAAAUAAAGGUCAAUUGAAAAGAUGAUUAGAAUUAGUCAUUUUAUAACAUAAUAAAAGUUUACUUAAUGGUGAACCACCCCUUUAAGGCAAUUUUUAAAAACAGGGCUGCAUAUGUGUAAUGAAAGAUGCACCUGGGCAAACUUUGCACCUUUUAUUACUUAUGGUGGUUGCCUUAAAAGUAAGGAUGUAGUGAAUCCCAGAUUCAGUUCAGUAUUUGGCUAAAUCUGAGUCUUUUUCAGAAGUAUUCUGAUUUGGCUGAAUUCAAAUUUAAACCCUUAAAAACAUGUGACUUCAGAUCAAAUAAAUCAAGGAAAUUGCAAAAUGAUUUCCCAUGGGCCACAUGGUGCACAGGUUUUUUUUCCUCCCUCUUCCCUUUGCACAUGCAAAUUAGAGUUUGGAUUUUCUUUGGCAUUUGUUCAAAUCCCCAAAAAGUUGAUUUGGUGCAUCCUUACUUAAAAGUGAUAUUACUACACAUGAAGUAAAAGGCAUAGACAUGCUGAGAGAUGCAUUGUGAACAGCUUGAGAGAUGCAUGUUUUGCAGUCUUCAAUCAAGGAAACUGUGAAUAGGCACUUCUGGAAUACACUUUACAUUAUAUUUUAUACUUUUUUAAAAAUAAUAUCUGUAUGUAAUAUUUUAAAUAAAAAACAAUAAACCAG